AUGGCCGAACCCGAUGCCCCCAAAGCAGCCUCAGAGCAGCAAAACUAAAACGGAGCUAAAGGAGAAAGUAAUGCAGCGGUUAGAGGCCAGUCUAAUUCUUAGCAUAACAAUCAUCAUUAGGCACAUUCGAUUGUCACUGUUGGAAAUUUUGAAAUAGGCUAGACUAUUGGAAGAGGUACAUUUGGAAAAGUCAAGCUUGGCAUCCACAAAAUUACAAACGAGAAAGUUGCUGUAAAAGUGCUCGAUAAAGAUAAAUUGAUUGAUAGUGCAGAUAAAAAAAGACUUUAGAGAGAAAUUUCAAUAUUAAGAAAAAUUCGUCAUCCAAAUAUCAUUCAACUUUACGAAAUUAUUGAAACUCCUCGUUAACUCUACCUUUUUAUGGAAUAUGCCCCAAACGGCGAACUUUUUGAUUAUAUAGUUAAGCGUACAAGGCUCUCAGAAAGAUAAGCAAGUAAAUUUUUGCAGUAAAUUAUCAAUGGUAUAGAGUACAUGUCGAAAAUUGGGGUUGUGCAUAGAGACUUGAAACCUGAAAACUUACUAUUAGACCACAAUUAUAAUAUAAAAAUUGUUGACUUCGGUCUCAGUAAUACAUAUAAAGAUAACGAAAAGCUAAAAACUGCUUGCGGGUCUCCAUGCUAUGCAGCACCUGAGAUGGUCGCAGGGAAACCAUAUAACGGUCUAUAGACUGAUAUUUGGAGCAGUGGAGUUAUUCUGUAUGCUAUGUUGUGUGGCUAUUUACCAUUCGAAGAUUAAAAUACUUCUGUUUUGUAUAAAAAAAUUAUGAACCAAGAUCCAGUUCUACCAAGUUUUCUUUCUUCAAAUUCCAAAGGAAUACUUUCUGGAAUAUUAACAAAAGAUCCUGAGAAGAGAUAUAAUAUUCAAGACAUAAGAUUACAUCCAUUUUGUAAAGAGAGAGAACCCAUUUUAUAGGGAAUAAUUGUAGGAGUGCACGAAAUACCUGUUGAUUAGAAUAUUUUAAAAUAACUUGAAAAGUAUUAAAUUAAUGUAGAAUAAGCAGAAGAUAUGGUUAAAAGGAAUAAACAUAAUAAUAUAACUUCAGUUUAUAAUUUACUUCUCCUCAAAUUUAUUAGAGAAGGAGGCAAAUCAAAUGCAGAUUUGUAAUUAAUGAAAAAAGCUAGGUCAGACAAUUUGAAUGUACUUAAACAACAAAAUACCACUCAUUUAUCUUCUCAGCAGCAAGAAUAACGCUAAAAGCCUAACCAAAUUGCAAACUAGAUUGUAACUCCCAUUCUACAAACUGUUUCUACAGCUGCUCCACCUUCUGUUGCAGCUACUCAAUCCAACAAUACACAGGGGUAGGACAAUGUAACCAAAUUUACUAUUUAGCACAAUCAACUUUAUCAAAUUUUUCAAAACUACGAUUCACUAAAGGAAAAAGAAGAUAUUAAGGAGUUUUCUCCUGCAAAGAAUAUCUCCUAUAUAAACCCUGCUCCUUAAGCUAAACCAAGAGAAUAUUCUCACCAACCAAGAGAAGCAGAAUAGUAAUAAAACAAAGAAAAGCACCCAAAUAAAUACCACAGUGCUUCUCCAACUAGAGAACACCACAUAGAAGAAAAUUAAAACUAAUAAAAGCAAAAAACUGUUGAAUUAGGAAUCAAAGAUAACAUGGUGCCUGAGUUUGUUGACAUCACUCACAUUCAAAAGGCUAGCUAAGCAGAUUAAAAACUUGCCAGUUUGCUUGAUAACACUUAAAAAUAAAAUUUACCUAGAUUAGGUAAUUAAGGAAACACAAAUAUUUAUCUAAACCCCUUACAGAAAAGAAUACCUAUUGAUAAGCUAAAAUAAACUAGCUACAUGCUAUAGUCUUCAUAUUAAAAAAAGUAAAAUAACUUUGUUGAUGCAAAUUAUAUUUCAAAUACUCAAGGCAGUGUUCCAAGCCAGUCAAAAAAACAAUCAAUUGCUAAGGUGAACUAUUUAAACAACAGCUCUAUGUUUGAAGAUCCAAAAGAUUCUUAAAAAUAUAAAGUGAAUUCAUCAUUUUAGUAUGCAAAUGCUUCAAAAUAUUCUGUUGGAGACGAAGAAGAUAAACUUAUAAUGGUCAAUUCUGUCUAAACAAAUAGUAAUUACAACAAAAGUGGACUUUACUAAAACUCCAAGAAAACUGUCCAAGAUAGUGCACUUAAUACAACCCAAGAUUCUCCUAAAAACAAAUAAAGCCAAAAUGCUAAUAAUUUAUCCAUGCUUCUGCAAAGAAAUUAUUAAUUUCCUAUAAAUGUUGGAAACAAAAACGUAGUCAACUCAAACAACAACUCAUAAAAUAAUUUUAGUAAAACCAGAUAUUUGUCUGUAUAAAGGCAGUAACAGAUUUCAAAACCAUAAAAUGCUACUCCUACCUUAGAAGAAAAGAAGAAUUUUAGAAUUAGCUCAUACUCAAUUCACAUGCGUGGAAAUUCUACUCAAUAUAACACUAGAAAUAGUAACGAUAAUGUGCUUAACUUGUCUCUAAAUUAAGCGGCUACUUAAAAUCAAAGCAAAAGAGCUUCAAUAAAUUCAAUAAAACAACAGCAGCCUAUACCACUUUAAGAAAAGUUGAUAAACAUUAAUUUAAACUUUCAAGGAACAAACAAUACAAAUACUAAAAGACUCAGAAAAAAAAUAAUUUCAAUGCACGAUACCUCUUAUAAUCCUACAAAAUAGAAUAGCUUUAAUGCAGGAAAAAUGAAUAAAGAAAAUUCUGUUGCAUCUAACUCAGGAUCAAAAUAAGAAAUAAGAAUAUUUAACAAUAUGGAGUUUUUAAGUUAUGGAUCAGUAAACAACAACCUUAAUAAUCAUUCUUUGGAGCUUGAAAUAGAAAACAAUUAAAAAAAUUUGCAACAAAACUACUAAACUUGUAAUGGAACAAGAGGUAAUAAAAUAGAUGUGAAUAACUCAUUAGUCCUACCCAAAGGUAUUCCGAGAGUUCACACAGACGAAAAUGAUAAAAAUAACUAAAACAAAAAUGGAAACAAUUAAAAUAAAAUUAAUGCAAUUUAAAUAAAUAAUAGCAAUAAUAGUAAUGCCAUAAGCCAAAGAAGUAAAAAAACAGAUUAAAGCAAAUCAGAAAAUAUAAAAUUGAAUAAAAUUUUACCAUUUUCUAUCUAAACAAAUUAAAUAGCUAACAACAGCAUGGUUGCUGGAAAUAUAAAUAAUUUACAAAUUUAGUAAAACCUCAAUUAAAAUUCUUAAGGUGGUGGUUCUUCUUAGUCUAGUGGCAGAGUCCCUUCGUAUAAAUUCCGUAAAGUAAAACCAAAUUAAUAUGAAGAUUAGUUUAAUCUUACAGCAAGCAACGAAGUUAAUGAUUGA